GGUUACUUUGGUAGUCUAUGAAAUUUCAAAUUAUCCCCAAAAAUUACUGUAAGCAAAGCCCUUCCGAAAACCUGAAGACCUCGAUCGCAAAAUCCUAAACCAUAAUUUUCUCUCUACUGCAACAACACAUCUCAGAUUUUGAAGUUUGAAUUUGCAUUUGCAUUUGUCAGCGGUAUAUAUAGUGUGUACGUCGAGAGAGAGAUGCCGAAGCGAACGACGCAUACGUAUUCGAGCGAGGACGCUUUGCCGGAAGGCCCUGAUUCCGAUCUCUUCGUUUACUACUGCAAGCCUUGCGGCUCCCAUGUUCUCAUCACCGAUACACAAUUGCAGAAAAUGCCCAAAAGAAAAACAGACAAUGCGUAUGUUUUGGACAGGAAGAAGCAUCUUGCAAGGCUGAAUACUAGCGAAGCAGGAAAGAUCCUCUUAAAGCGUGGUGAAGGGAAAGUGGAGAGGCAGUAUCGAAUGAAUUGUGUGGGUUGUGAGCUUUUUGUUUGCUAUCGUGCAGAAGAAGACUUGGAGUCUGCUUCGUACAUAUAUGUAGUUGAUGGUGCGCUCAGUACAAUUGCUGCUGAGACUAAUCCACAGGACGCUCCUGUUCCACCUUGCAUAUCACAAUUGGAAGGGGGUCUUGUGCAAGUAGCCAUAGAAGUCGAAGACCGUGCACAACGUUCUGCAAUCACAAGAGUAAACGCUGAUGACGUUCGAGUUACUGUAGCUGCAGUUGCUGCCCGAGGAGAAGCUAACAAUGAACUUUUGGAAUUCAUGGGGAAGGUGUUGGGUCUAAAAUUAAGCCAGAUGACACUUCAACGAGGGUGGAAUAACAAAUCAAAGCUCCUGGUGGUACGUUGGACACUAGCAUUUGAUCCUGAGUUUUAUCUUUUAACAGUUUGUCUUGUGUUGUGUCGAUCAAUUCCCAAUUCUUUGGGUUCGGCGACGUUGAAACCUGAACUUUUUGGCGGAGGUUAAUAUCGUUUAUAUCGAAAGAGAGAUGAUCUGAUAAUGCAAGAAAUGCUUCUGCAUGAGUUGGGUAAAGUAGAAACUAGUCUAAAAAGAAGUAGUUGGAUAAAGAAGAGAGAAGGUAGCUAGGGAUGUUCAUAUUCAUGCUCUCUGCUUUAAGUUUGAACUUUUGAAAUGCCUGCAUUUUUCUGGACAGUGACCGUACAAUUUGUGAAGCAGGUGGAAGAUUUGACAGCCCGACAGGUGUACGAGAAGCUUCUCGAAGCUGCACAACCAUGAACUCAAUAGCUUGGCAAGUUCAUCUGCAGCUGUUUUAUAUCUUUUGCUAAGAAUGUGACUCUGUGUAGUCUAGUAUGAAGAUGCUGUUUCAAACCCAAGAGUUUUGGACAUGGGAUUCUCAGCUUUCCAAUUCUGUAACACAAAACUAUUCAUUCGCAAAAUGAAAUAUCAUUAUUCAUUCA